AUGAUCGUUAAAGGAGAACCAUUUGAAUUCUUAGAUGGUGAUUCAUUAAAAAUCGAUUAACCAUUCUUAUAAAAGCUAAUAUCUAACUUUAAGGAGCAAGGUUAAGAAAGAAUUUUAGUUUUAAGUGUAUUAGGUCCACAAAGUUCUGGCAAAUCAACAAUUUUAAACAAAAUAUUUGGAUGCCAUUUUUGGACAAGUGUUGGUAGAUGUACUAAAGGAAUAUAUUUGCAAUUAUUGAAAGUGCAUAAUAAAGCAUAUUUUAAUAAUUUAUUUGACUACAUUAUUAUAUUGGAUACUGAAGGUCUUUAGAGCCCAAAUUAAGAGGAUUUGGAAUUUGAUAAAAAAAUAGCACUUUUUGUAUUAUCAAUAAGCGAUAUUAUUCUUGUAAACGUGAAAGGAGAUAUAACAAAAUAAUUUAGAGAAUUAGUUGAAAUGUGCAUAUAUACUCUAGGAUAAAUGAAAAGUUUUACAAGUACAAAAUCAAUUACUUGGUGUUUUAAUUAAAAUAAUGAUGUCAAUAAUCGCGAUCCUUUUUUAGUCUAGUUAGUGUCAAUAGCUACAAAUUUAAAUAACGAAUUAAGCAAUUAAAAUUAGGAGACUGAAUAAAUAGAUUAUAAUGAAAUUCUUGGAAUUACUGAAGACAAUGUUAAGAUAUUAGGGUUUGCAUCAACUGAAAAGUUAUGGAAAAAAAAUGAUAGUGAAGGGGUGUAUGCAGAUUGGCGCCAGUUAAUUCUAAAUGGCACUUUCUCUUCAGAAGCUUAUGAAGAAGGAAUUCGAAUAAUUCAAGCAUAUGUAAAUAAGUUUGGAAGGGAAGACGAUUUAGAUGGAAGAAGAUAGAUGGAAAAUUUAAAAUAUUUUAUAGAAAAAAUUGAAACCACUUGGAAAAGCAUUAUAACCUUACCUGAUUUACUUGAAUUUUCUGAGUUAAUUUAGCAUUAAUAAAAUCAAUUUAUGAGAAAAUAAUUUAAUGAAAUCAUAAACAAUUAUUAGUAUCCUACAAAAAUUUAAUUUAUUAAUCAAAUUCAUUAAAAUAUAUCAGAGAGAAAUGAAAGCUUGUCUAUAGAAAUUUUAAAUGAUAUAUUAAGUGAAUUUACUACAUCAAUGAAUGCCUAAUUUGAUUAAAUUAACAAUGAAUUUUUAGAAAAAUUAACUUAAAUAAAAAAUGAACAUAAAAUAUCAAAAAAGGUAAUCAAAAAAUAUGAAAAUAUGGUUUAAGUUAGAAUUGAUAGUGAAAGAUCAGCCAUCUCAUUGGCAAUGCUAUCAGAAAUUAGAAUUUAAGAAACUAAUUUUUAACAGAAAAUGGGUUUUAUAAAAAUUGACCAUUUUAUUCAAUAGUUAAUUGGAAAUGAAAACCAGUUAAAAUAAUAUAAAGAGGAUGAAAGUAAGAUUGAAAGUAAGUUUAAGCAACUAUGGAAUGAAAUAUUAACAUAAGACAAAUAAAAAUAAGAUAAAAGUUUUAUGGGUUAUAGCGAUCAGUUGUUAAAGGUAAUUAAGGAAAAUUUCAAAAACUAUAUUUUGACAACAAAAAAUGAAAAUAGUUAUAAACAAUAAUACAUUGCAAAAUUAAAUAAAGAAAAACCUAAAUAAAUUGACUAUCUCACAUCAUUAGAAAUAUUAAAACCGGAAUUAUCGACAGCUUAACUCAUGUUUAUAGCAAAUUCUAGUAAAAAUUAAUUAUUUUAUGACAAUUUUAAUUAAAGCAUUGAAAAGAAAAUUGCAAGAUGUUCACCUAAUUAAGUCUUAUCAAUCAAUUAAUUUUAUUCUAAUUAAGUAGAAAUCAUAUAUCUAACAAAAGAAGAUUUCAAUAAAUAUAAAUAAAAAGAUUUGUCUAUUGAUCUUGAAUUAUAUAAAAAGGAAAAGGGAAUAGAUAAGUAUUCAUUUACAUCUUUUUUACAAAAUUUCUCUUUGUUUGGCUAUGAAAUUUCUAAAUUAAAAGCAGAAUAAUUAUUUAAUUCUGUUAAUAAAUAAUCUAGAUUUGAUAUAAAUAUGCUAUCUUCCUGCUUUUAACCUGGAGAAAGGUAAUAUUUCGGAGAUGCUUAAUACGAUUCUUCAAUCGAUAUGAUAAAAAAAAUUUGUAAAAACUUGAUGAAUUAUUAUAAGAGACAUGUUUUGAUUACUGAUCUGUCCUAGAAUAAUGAAAUAGAAAGUCUUAAAGGAAGGUUUAAUGAAAAAGAAUUUUUUUUAGUAUCAGUUAAGUAAUAGGUGAUUUUAAAAUAAAAUACUGGAUCUUAAAUUAAUAGAGGUGAAUAAAUUUUUAGUUAUAUCUUAAAUAGAAAUUAAAACUCUUAAUAUGAAAAUACUUUUAAGCAAAGUAUUGCUAGGUAUAUUGAAGAUUUAAUGAGCGAUAUAAAUUAUGAGAGAUGGAAAAAAGUCUAUAGUGAAAUACAUUAAAUGAUACUUGAUGAAAUUAAAGAAAUGAAGGCUAAAUAAUUUAGUUAUGGUUUAAUCAAAAGGAUUUUAUAAAAGAUAGAAGGUAAAAUAAAAGAUUUAAAUAUGUAAUUUUCAGAUUUUGGUGUGAUUUUAAAUGAUAUAGGAGAAAGAUGCAUAUAUUAUUAUGCCAUUUUUAGUAUUUGGAGAGUUUUGUGCUUUAAAUAGUAUAGAUCAUGUGAGAGAGCUUCAGAAUAGUUGAGUAGUUAAGAGUAAGUGCAAUAUCAGAAGUUUAAGGCUGAUAUUUAAUAGAAUAAUAAAGAACAAAGCAAAAUUCGAGGAUAAUCAUUAGCAGAAGAAAUUAUAAAUUAAACAAUUGCAAGAUUUCAGAGGUCAUAUUGUGAAGAAGCUAAAUAAAUUUGGGCUGGAUUUAAUAAAGAGUCAAAUUAUGAUAUUAUAAAAUAACUAGACAAAGAUAUUCUGGAAAGAAAUGAUAAUCGUAUAACUGAUGAUUAGAGACUACAUUAUAUAAAAAAUCACACAGAUUAUGUUGAAAGAUUCGUGAAAGACAAUAUUAAUAAAUUAAAAUCAGAUAUUCAAACCAAAUUUACAAGUAAACUAUAAUAAGAUUUGAAGACAUAUCUUCAAAAAGUGGAUGCAAACACAAAAUAUUUAUAUGAUUAUGUUAUUUCUCCUCUAUAAGCAAAGGACUACUUCGUAUAGUAGGAGAACCCUGAUGAAGCUCCUAAAUUAUUAUUUAAAAUAACUUUAGGAUGUCUUUAAGGAUACGUAGAAUAGAAUUUAUUAGAAAAAAUAAAAUAAGAUAAAAUUCAUGUGUUUUAAACUUAAGAUUUUCACAGAUUUGAGUUACCAUUAUGUUCAACUAUUUAAAAGUCAGACGAAGAAAUAUAAAUAUUAUUUAAUUUUGUUUAAGCUUUUAAAUAAAGGAUUUUAUUGGGCAUUAAAAAUUCAGAUUUGAUUCAGGUUCAAUUAGAAACACUAAAAUUAUAAGAUGACUUAGAUGCUUAAUAACUGAGAUAAAUCGGUUGUUUGUAAUUUUGCCCGCUUUGUAAGAGGAAGUGCGAUUAAGAAAUUGAUGAUAGUAGUCAUAAACACUAAUGUUAAAAUGGGCAUUAAUUAAGAGGUAUGACUGGAGUCUUAAUAGGUAGUCAUCCUUCAUUAUAUACAUGUGAAGAAAUAUAGGAUGACUAUUAAAUUUCACUAUUAGAAACAUCAAUAAUUAAAAAAUGGAAGGAUAUCAAAUAACUUUAUAAUGGGUGGAUAUUUUCAUGUCUUAGUAAGGAUGAAUUAAAUAUUCAGAAGGAGAAGUUCAUGAAGAUUUGGAAUGAUAAUAUUGGGAGAAUGAUUUGCAUAAAAUUGACUUAAGAAAUUGGAAAAGAUGUCUUUUAUGUUCCAAAGUAAGAAGUUUAAUUAGGUGGAAAUUAAAAAACUGCCCAUUAUAUUCUUAUAUUAGAUGACUCUGGUUCAAUGGAAGGAGCAUUUUUUGAAGCAGCUAAAAAAGGCUUGGUGGCUUUUCUUUAAGAAAUUCAAAAAAAUCCUGAAUCUAGGGUUACUAUUAUACUUUUUAAUCACUAAGCCAGAUGUGUAGUUGAUUAUGAAAUCCCUGAUGCUUAAGUUUAAUAAAAGGAAAUACAAUUUAGAGGUGGAGGAACUGAUUUUGAUGAACCAUUAAAACUUGCUUUUGAUAAAAUUGCUAACAAUCCAGAUUUUGACAAUUUUAGUUCCCAUUCUAUCUUUUUCUACACUGAUGGAUAAGCAUAAUACCCCACAAAAGCAAUGGAGAAAGUUAAAUAAUUCCCUUCAGAUAAAAGAGAAAAAAUAGAGCUAGUUGCUUGUUCUUUUGAAGAUUCUCCAACGACAUUGGUCCGGGUUGUUGAAUUCGGUAAAUAAUACUUUGGUUUUGCUAAAAUAUAAGCUUCAAUGGAGCCUUAAAUGAUAGCUUAAGUAUGGAUUGAAGAAGUCAGUUAAGUAACCCAUUAAAUAAAAAGUGGUUGA